AUGUGGACGAAGCCCGCGACGGAGCCGACGGAGCCGAAACUUCAACGGCGGAAGAACCCUGGGCGGCGGAUUGCGCAGAUCGUGAAACUCAAGCCUGAGUUCGUCGAUAAGUACAAGGAAGUGCACGUCCGCGUGUGGCCAGAGGUGUUGAAACAAAUUAAGGACUGUCGGAUUGAAGACUACUCCAUCUUCCAUGACGAAGGAACGGGAAUCCUCUUUGCUACCUUCAAAUACGUUGGCUACGACUAUGAAGGUGACAUGGAGCGUAUGAGGGAAAAUCCGAAGGUGCAAGAGUGGUGGGCGAUGACGGAUAGUUUCCAGGAGUCAUUGGUUCCGGGGGCAACUAGCAGCGAGUCCGGCAGCCCGUCCUGGUGGAAGCCGAUGGAGGAAGUUUUCCACGUGGACUAA